UGAACAUGCCGAUUGCCAAUAAUAUUGAACAGUCAAUAUCCAUACUGUCCACAGUACUCCACAGUCGCUUGCAGUCACUCUGUUACUUACUACCUUAGAACAUAACCUACAAUAAUUGUUUAUUAAAUACUGUGAGAUUUAAAUAUAUGUAUACAUUUAAAAAGUUGGAAACACUACACUUUUAUGCAACAGAAAUUUUAAUUUUAAAAACAUAGACAAUGGGAAAGACCUCGAAAGACAAGCGUGACAUAUAUUAUAGAAAAGCGAAGGAAGAAGGAUGGCGAGCCCGGAGUGCCUUCAAGCUGCUCCAAAUUGACUCGGAGUGCCAUAUUUUUGAUGGAGUGUCCAAAGCAGUGGAUCUAUGUGCGGCGCCUGGAAGCUGGAGCCAGGUCUUAGCUCGCAAGUUAAAGGAGAAUUACGAGAAGGCUUCAGAGAAAGGUUCUGCGUCUCCACCAAAGAUUGUGGCGGUUGAUUUGCAAGCGAUGGCACCUUUGGAAGGAGUUAUUCAGCUGCAAGGUGACAUUACUAACACCAACACGGCAAAGGAGAUCAUUGCACACUUCGAUAAUACUCGAGCGGAUUUGGUGGUGUGCGAUGGUGCACCCGAUGUGACCGGUCUGCACGAUAUGGAUAUAUUCAUUCAGUCGCAGCUGCUACUGGCCGCUUUGAACAUAGCUACGCACAUCCUGAGACCUGGCGGAACGUUUGUUGCAAAAAUCUUUCGUGCCAAGGAUGUAACGUUUCUGUACGCUCAAUUGAGAAUAUUCUUCCCUUACGUCUACUGCACGAAACCCAGCAGUUCGCGUAAUUCGAGCAUCGAAGCGUUUGUGGUCUGUAAGGAUUACAGUCCGCCCGAAGGUUACACGCCAAAUAUGCUGAAUCCUUGGAUGACGAACGAACCAUGCAAUUUUGAGCAACUGACUGGAGUGGACAGAAUCGUCGUCCCGUUCAUCGUGUGUGGUGAUCUCAGUCAGCCCGAUUCCGAUAUGUGUUAUCCGCUGAACUAUCAAGAUAAGGAGUAUACAUACCACGAACCGGUGCAAGUUCCCAUAGCACCACCCUACGAGGAAGCAUUAUUAUUAAGCAGGAGAAGGGCUGAGAAAAGCGCUUCUAAUGACGAUUUUAGCCAGCCUGAUAUCAUAGCGGCGAUCGAUAAAGAAAACGUGUCGUCAAUAUCUGCGAUCAAAUGGCUAUUGAAUUCAAAUAAUGAUUCCGACAAUAAGCCAAGUACAUCCGCGAGCAUUACGCAAAGUGAAGAUGAUGAGGAGGUUCUCGAUGGAUUACAAAAUUUAUAUAUCUGAAAAUUUUCGUUUCUGAUAACAACAAGUUAGAUAGUUUAUUUUUUUUUCUUUUCUUCACGAAAGAUGGAAAUAACGAAGAAAUGAAUAUCGAUAUAUUAUAAUAAUUUGUUUCUAAAGAAAAAAAAGUUAUGGAAGAUAAUAACUGAAUAACUCUUACGAAGCCGUUUCCUUCUUUUUAUUUCAAUUUUGUUUUAUGUUAAUUGUUAAAUAAACAUACAAAAAUUUUUAUUAUCUUAAAAACCUUUAUUCUGAUUUUGAUUUACUGGUUUAAUUUUUAGAAAUUGAAUAUUUAAAUAAAAAUCGUUAAUUGUUCCAUUUCAUGAAUAAUUUCUUCAUUUUUUAGUUUAUCUAAAAAAAAAUACAAAAAUUCUUUUUCUAAGUUUAAAUAAAAAAUAAAGUACAAAUUUUUUAAUUUUUUAAUAUUUAGCUGUAAAUGAGAUUUGUUUUAUGUUUCAAGUGUUUCUUGAGGUUUGUCAAACUAUAAUUACAAAUUACUGAGAAUAUAAGAAGUACUGUUUAAAGAA